CUGUUGCUUAUGUUGUGGGGAUACUCCUUGAAAGAACACUGAAAUACAUGGAGAAAGAUGUGAAAGAAAUUGUGGCAAGACAGUGGCUCUACAAAUUGAAUGACUUUGAUUUGGGAGGCUUGUGUCUUAUCAAAUUUAAUGUUUCACUCUGUCCGUGCGUGCUAUCUUGCUUCUUUUGACGUUCAUUCACCGGCCUACGAUCUACGAUGAUGAAUCCCGAGCAGUGUUUCAAGGAGGGUUACUUGCUGUUCCUAACACAAGGAAUGUUGAAGAAAUCAUGGAACCGCACGUACUGCCAGCUUUUCAAGGCUAGCAAACAUGGCAUUGAGCGCCUUGAAGUGUUUGAGAACAAAGAUGAUAAAUUGAAGAACUCUGUUAUGAAAAUCAUUACUCUAGAAAAUUGUGUCAAGAUAACACAAGAUGUGCAGAAAAGUAAUCUAUUUGUAUGUUCUGUAUACACAAAAGGUCCCAUUCAUCACUUUGCAUCUUAUAAUGAAGCUGACAUGUUAGAUUGGAUAUCAGCUAUGCAGGCUGUUGCAUUUAAGGAUGACUUCUCUCGCCAGACCAUUGAAGAGGACAACGAUUUGUACUGCCCUUCAGGAGAUGGGGUUUUCUCUGUAAAACUAGUGCCUUCUGAUGCAUCAGCAAACUGUGGUUUGGAGCCAGGUCCAUAUACACUUGUUGUAACUCCAACUGCUCUUCAACUGAGAGAGCACAAUUCCAACCAGCUUCUGUUUACAUGGCCCUACCGGUUUAUAAGACGUUAUGGAACUCGCACAGGAAAAUUUACGUUUGAAGCUGGGCGGAAGUGUGAUUCAGGAGAGGGUGAAUUCCAGCUUGAGCAUUCAAACCAACAGGAGAUUUUUAGAUGCAUGUCUUCUAAAAUGAAUAAUAUGAGACAACUUUUACCAGCCCUGUCUUCACCACCCCUAUCUUCAAACAAAGACUUUGAAAAUGCUUGGAACAUGCUCCCUCGUUCCCGCAGUCCAUUAUUGCCAUCACCAACUAGCGCAACAUCUGCCAUCUGUGAUUUAGAAUUCAACUGUACCUCAAGUUCUCAGCCCUCCGUCCAAUCAUCGCUGCCUUGGCAGCUUCCACCUUUGCACCCUAAACCAAUUACUAAACCGUUGUGUUUAGCCAAGCCUGUACCUCCUGCCAAACCUUCAAAGCCUGCCAAGCCCCCUCGGAAAAGCUUAGAAUCAACUCACAAUAGAGAACAGGGUUUUACUUCAGGUUCUUUGUCCCUUCCAACAACUCCAACGGAUGACUAUGACAGUGUUGUUGUGCGCAAGGAAGCCUGGCGCACUCUAGGUAUGGAGGAAAUGCUCCAUACAGAACGUAGAACGGCUGGUACUGAAAAUGGUGAUGACUAUGAAGACAUAGAUGCCCCCCGUGAUGACGGGAAUGCACCAUCAACUAUGUCUCUGCCGGAACAGCAAAGUUGCCCAGCAAUAUGGGCUGCUCGGGACUUGAGGGCAGGCGUUGACCCUACUGAUAACUAUGAUAAGCUUGAGCACUUUGGCUCUUCAUCUAGGCUCAGCACUCGGCCAUCAGGUUAUCAGCAAUUUGGAAAGCUGCAAUCUGCUGCAAGUAUGUCGAGAUUGGAACAUGGAUCCUUAAGUACUAAGUUGUUAUCAGUAGAGGAUAUUUCUACUGAGCCUAUUGAAUUAUGUAGACGAGCAGAUGACACUCAUAAUGGUUAUGGUAUGGUUCGUAAGAAAUCAUUGCCCACAGAGACUGUCAGUGCCCCAUUUACUUUAAACCUGGCUGGACCCAAUCAUCAACUUUGUAAUGAGCAGGAAUAUGCCAUUGUUCUAAAACAAAAAUGGGUUUAGUCAGUAUGUAUCAUUCAUCAUUGUUGUCUGUGAUUGUAGAAUAGACUGCCUGCUUUGGCUCAAAUAGUGAUUUAUAUAAAUAUGAAACUAUACGAAUAUAUUUUCAAAGUUCAUGACAGGGGAUGCUCAUGCUCCCACCCAAUGACUGUAUUCUCACAUAUCAGAAAUGUCUUACUGUGUCUUGUAUUCAUUGAAAAUUGUGAAAUGGGGUAGCAGUGUUGCCUCUACAUGCAUUACAACCGACUUAUCUCUGUCUUUGAAGUGAUUAGACUGACAAAAUGUUAAAUUGAACUUCUAAACAAAUUGAGAAGAUACAUGGUGUGGUGUGAAGUCAGGGUAGGGAGGGAUCAUGUGUUUGUCUUGAUCCAACCUGAGGCGACACUGCUGCUAUUUUGUUCAAAUGCAUGAGACUUAUCCCAGUAUACUAUUUUGCCCCUACAUGUGGCAUUUUAAUUGUAAACUUGAUUUCAUGUCAAGUGUUUCUCUUAAAAGACAUUUAAAGUGUUCUGAAUCUGAUGUUUCACUUAAUGCAUCACUUCAACCUAGUAGUGAUGCCUUGGUACUCUGUGAUAUUGAUACAUUUUCCACCCAGUAUAGUGCGCCAUAUAUAGUUGUAAACUCCUUUAUUGUGAAAAACAAUUUUUACAUUCCUUAGUAGAUUAUAUUUUAGUCUUACAAUAUGGUAUGUAUCUGCUUAGUACAUUAUAUUUUACUUUUAAUUUUUCUAUGGAUUUAAGAAAUUAAAUUUUUUUAAUUCCUUAUAUGGAAGAUCUGUAUAUACCUUGUAUAUCUGUGAGUUCCCUUAGAACCUCGUCUGCUACUGUCAACUCAAAAAUAGGAAAUCUCAACUCCACCCUUGAUAUUCAGCUCUUGGAUGGUGGUUUGUGUAACAUGAUACCUUGUGUGCCAUCAAAUUUCUUACUUAAAAUGUGGCUUAAAUAUUGUGUUGUUUGCUCUAAAAGAAUAUGCUGUCCUCUUACUUUUUCAUCAAGACUUGCGAGGAAGAAAGGUCUCCAAGGGAACCAACUUGAGAACAUUUUUAACAGUGCCAUUCAAGAACUAAGUUUUUGUUUUGUUCCAAAUACGAGUGAUGAAUGCUGUGCAAAUUCACAAGUGAUGACAGCAUAAUUUUGUGUUUCAUGUCCCAUGCAAUGAGGAUUUUGUUUUCUGUACAGCUCAUUUUGUAAACUGGAAAUAUAAUCAUGUUUUAUUGUUAGUUGUUAACUGCAAAGUAUGUUGUGUAUGCUAUGUUUUUAGUACUAGAUCUAUUUGAAGUAUUUGAUAAGUCUCAGGUCCUUCUGUAUAUUGCGCUUAAUGGAAGCUGGAGCUCUAAAGGCUGCUGGUCUGAAGGUCAAAGCGAACACUGAUUAUUUUCAGUUGCUAGCAUUCUGAAUGCUCUUUGGCAUAAUUGGACCUGUAAAACUAAGUACUAUCCUAUGCUUUGGACUUGAAAACAUUGUGAUGAAAGAACAGGCCUUGACUUACUGCCUUGCCAGUUGUCUCUAGUGUAGGAAUAAUUAGCAAGUGUUACAAUGAUGUUCUGAAAUUAAAGCCAACCUUAAAGACUUUA